AUGUCGACAACACACACAGUGAGCCUGCUACAAUGGCAGCAAACGUACGAUCUCUUCACUGAGCAUGUCGACAACACCACAAAAGAGAUGAUUUCAGAGCUUCAUGGCAUGUUUGGUGAUUACGAUAAGCUGGCAAAGAAUGACGCCCUACUCCAUGACCCGGCGUUUACUAUGAAAAAGAAGGAGGCAUUUAACGAGUUCUAUGCUCGAUUUUCAGCUACCAUUGCGCCAUUGGACUACAGCGAAAGUCACAAGAUCGCUGCACUACGAAGACCAAUCCCCACUUCGGCAAUGCGCCAAAACCACGAAUCCACCACACCACCUCUCAGCACCCCACACCAUUACUUCAAGCACCUUCCCGGGCUAUUGCCCCACAUUGAUACCCCUGUUGCCUGCGUCCGCAGGCCUGCUACAUGA